AUGCCAAUUGGCAUCCAGCGGCUCAAUGCGAAGACUUCACAGCCAAAUCCGCACAUUGUCUUUAUUAAACCACUGAAAGGACGGGAUGAAAAGGUUGCGCAGGAUUUUUUGGAAAGGAUUGCAGCGCAAUGUCUUCCCGUGAUGCGCAAACACCAUAUUCACGUCAUGUCGUUGGAGGAAUUUCCUCCUAAUCGGGAAUUCGUGGGCCGCAAUUUCAAUGCUGGGGAGGUGAUUCAGCUGGUUCUUAAAUCUCCCGGGAGCGGGCGGUGGCUUCCAUUCAAUUACGUCCAGAUGGUUAUGAUGCAUGAGCUGGCCCACUGUGCGCAGAUGAACCAUUCCAGGGCGUUUUGGGCAGUUCGGAAUCAGUAUGCCGCGCAGAUGCAGGAGCUAUGGGCAGAAGGAUACAAAGGCGACGGUCUUUGGGGGAGAGGAGCUACGCUGGGAACUGGAGAGUGGGAGAAGAACAGCGUUUUGGCAGACGAGGUUCUUCCGGAGCAUCUCUGCGGCGGGACAUAUCGGUCGCGGGGGAGGAAACGCAAGGCUAAUCCCGUGUUGACGUACCAGGAGAGAAAAGAGAAGAGGAUUCUGAAAAAGUUUGGCAAGAAUGGAGUUGCGCUUGGUGCAGAUGAAGAGGAAAAGGUGAAGCUUGAGAAGGGCAAGAGGGUGCUUGCGAAACCGAGGGUGGCGGGCAGCUUGCGGGGCCGAGAACUCCGUGCAGCUGCGGCGCUGGCGAGGUUUCAACAGAACAAGGAGGAUACUAAGAAGGAAGAAGAGGAUGAGGAUACGAAGAAUUGGGAUGUCGAUGCGGCUGUUGACGUGGAUGGCUCGAAGAUGGUGGACAGACAUGGCGGCGACAUGGUCAAGGUGUGCGAAGACGAAGAUGCAAAUGACGCCGAUGCAAGGAACGAACUCGAUCAACUACACGGGCUGUUCGACAGACGAAAGAUAAAACGGGAUCCAGACGGCGAGACAUUGAACCUUCGCUCAUCUGAGAAGAGUCAACAACAACCGGAACAAGCGACAUCAACAAUCAACCUCUACUACUACGACGACGCCAACUUCCUCAAAAAUCCCUUCAAACAACAUCACAACAGAAACAAGAUCAUCAUCGUCAACCUGCUCAAUGUGCUCGUUUGA